AUGAACGGGUUUUACAAUUUACAAAAACCGGGUGAUUUCACUUCCAUUGUGGACAUGCAAUUCAUCGCUGCAAUGGUUCAUCCCGGUUCGGGGCGUAAUGAUAUCCCUCAACGAUUGAAACGGCAAUUUUGCAUCUUUAACUGCACACUGCCGAGUUCCGCCUCGAUCGAUCGAAUAUUCGGCGCGAUAGCAAACGGACACUACUGCACUGAACGCGGAUUCACCGUAGAAAUUUGUGAUCUGGUCACUCGGUUGGUCCCGGUCACACGUGUUUUGUGGCAGGUGACCAAGGGACGCAUGUUACCCACUCCGGCCAAAUUUCACUACAUUUUCAAUCUGCGUGAUCUGAGUCGGAUUUGGCAAGGAAUGAUCUCCACCACGGCUGAAGUGAUUCGCAACUCGGAACGAAUGAUGGCGUUGUGGCAGCAUGAGUGUACUCGAGUACUGGCCGAUCGAUUCACCAAUAGUGAAGAUAACCGAUGGUUUGAAACAACUUUGAAGCGAAUCGUUGGUGAACAAAUGGACCAGGAAUAUUCGGACAUGACGUCCAAAGAUGCUAACUAUUUCGUCAAUUUCAUGCGAGAUCCACCCGAACCGACCGGAGAUGAACCGGAUGAUUUCAUCAUCGAAGCACCUCGUAUAUAUGAACCGAUUGAUUCUUUCCAAAAACUGAGCUCCAGACUAUCAGCAUUCCUUCGCCAGUACAAUGAGAGUAUUCGUGGAGCGCAUAUGGAUCUGGUGCUCUUUCAGGAUGCCAUGACUCAGCUAGUUCGCAUAGCUCGCAUUUUGUAUAUGCCUCGGGGACACGCGCUGCUUGUUGGAGUUGGCGGAUCGGGCAAGCAGUCCCUCACUCGAUUGGCCUCAUUCAUUGCGGGCUACCAGACCCAACAGAUCACUCUUACUCGUUCAUACAAUGUUAACAAUCUACUGGACGAUCUAAAAUUACUGUACCGGACUGCGGGCCUAAAAGGCAAAGGUAUUACGUUCUUAUUUACGGACCAGGAAAUCAAAGAUGAAGCAUUUUUGGAGUACAUGAACAACAUGUUGGCAUCUGGAGUAAUUGCCAACUUGUUUGCUCGUGACGAAAUGGAUGAGAUUUGUCAGGAUCUGAUUCCAAUAAUGAAAAAAGAGUUUCCCCGUCGUGCUCCGACAAACGAGAAUCUGCUGGCCUACUUUUACAGUCGAACUCGGCAAAAUUUGCACGUUUCACUUUGUUUCUCCCCGGUCGGAGAGAAGUUUCGACGUAGGGCUUUAAAAUUUCCCGGUCUGUUUUCCGGCUGUACAAUAAUUUGGUUCCAUCGCUGGCCGAAGGAAGCGCUUAUUGCCGUGGCUGACCACUAUCUGAAUGAGUUCCCCAUUAUCUGUUCCGCUGGAGUACAACGGGAAUUAAUAAACACCAUGGGGGUUGUGCAUGAUGGUGUUGCGGAAUCUUGUGUAGAGUACUUUUCGCGUACGAUAGACCGCACCGACCCACGGAUUGCAGUUCAUCGUCGUGCAAUGUACCGUGAGUGUCUCGGGAACAAAGAUGGUGCAGUUUCAUAUUUGUCGUUUCUGGUCUCUUACAAAACGAUCUACAAGCAACAACAUGCCCAUUUUGCCGGUCAAGCUCAGCGCAUGAACAGCGGAUUGCAAAAACUGAUGGAGGCACAGGGCAAUGUGGCUGAGCUAAGCAAGGAGUUGGCCGUGAAGGAGAAAGAACUUGAGGUGGCCAACCAAGAAGCUGAGCGUGUCCUACAAACGGUCACAGCACAGCAAAAAGCUUCCACCGAGAUCCGAAAUCGUGUCCAGGCAGUGAAAGAUAAAGCUCAAGCUAUUGUUGACGAGAUCGAUCGUGAUCGAGCUGUAGCAGAGGCGAAAUUGGAAGCCGCUAAACCAGCUUUACAGGAGGCCGCAGAAGCGCUAAAUACCAUCAAACCAGCUGAUAUUGCCACUGUGAGGCGAUUAGGCAAACCACCCAAUCUUAUCAUGCGUAUAAUGGACUGUGUACUGAUUUUGUUCCAACGUCACGUGGACCCUUAUCAAGCAGACAUGGAACGUCAAUGCCCACGUCCAAGCUGGUCAGAGUCGUUGAAAUUUAUGACCAAUACCGGUUUUCUAACUCUGUUGAUGACUUUCCCCAAAGACUUGAUCAAUGAGGAGACAGUAGAGCUGUUGGAACCGUAUAUCACUAUGGAAGAUUAUAAUUUAGAAGUAGCUAAGAAGGUUUGCGGGAAUGUGGCCGGAUUACUCUCUUGGACACGAGCAAUGGCAUAUUUCUAUUCAAUUAACAAGGAAGUUUUACCACUUAAAGACAACCUGGUCAAACAAGAGGCUCGUUUGGCCAAAGCAAAUUUGGAUCUUCAAGUGAGUCAAAUUGAUCUCGUCUUCGCACACGGCGUGACUAACAUUAUCGAAGCUCAAGCUAUCCUGGACGAGAAAGAACGUGAAUUGGCCAAAGUACAGGCUGUCUACGAGGAAGCUUUGAAUAAACGUCAAGCAUUACUGGAUGAUGCUGACCUAUGUCGUCGCAAAAUGAACGCAGCCUCCACUUUGAUUGGGAGUUUAGCGGAUGAGCAGGUUCGUUGGACUGAUCAGAGCAAAUCGUUCAAGGAACAUAUUGAUAAUCUUGUCGGGGAUGUGCUGAUUGCUACCGCUUUCCUUUCUUACUGCGGGCCAUUUAAUCAAGAAUUUCGACAGUCAAUGAUCAUUGCGUGGCAAAGAGAAGUUCGUCUGAAAAAAGUCCCCGGGUCAGCGGCAGUCAAUUUGAUCACUAUGCUCACGGACCAGACACAGAUUGGAGAAUGGAAUCUGCAAGGAUUGCCCAAAGAUGAGCUGUCCAUACAGAACGGGAUCAUCGUGGAUCAGGCCAGUCGAUACCCACUGUUGAUUGACCCACAGGGUCAGGGUCGCUCUUGGAUCCAAAAUCGAGAGAAAACCAGAGAUUUGAUCUGCACUACGCUAAGUAAUAAAUAUUUCCGCCAGCAUCUGGAAGAUGCUUUAUCACAGGGUAGACCACUACUCAUUGAAGACGUAGGCGAAGAACUGGAUCCGGUUUUGGACAAUAUUCUGGAACGAAAUUUCAUCAAACAAGGAUCAAUGUAUAAGGUUAGUGCUGUCAGUAGUCACUCUUAUUUGGCAAGCGUAUUUACGAUUUCCUACACGGCUGGCCAUAUCACCGCAACUUAUCGAAUAGAACUCGUUAAAAUUGGUGACAAAGAGGUGGACGUUUUAACCGGAUUCAAAUUGUACAUCACGACCAAAAUGGCCAAUCCAAUGUACGCACCAGAGGUUUCCGCACGCACAUCGAUAAUCGAUUUUACAGUGACCAUGAAGGGGUUAGAAGAUCAACUAUUAGGUCGAGUAAUUAUCAGUGAACGUCAGGAACUAGAAACUCAGCGUGUCAACCUGAUGGAGGAUGUGCAGACGAAUAAAAAGCGAAUCAAAGAGCUUGAGGACAAUCUUCUGCUUCGGCUGGCCAGUGUACAAGGUUCGCUGGUUGAUGAUGUCGAUCUAAUCAACGUGUUGAAUACGACGAAAGCCACAGCAGCCGAUGUCAGUCGUAAGCUAGAAAUCGCAUCGGAAACCGAAAUCCAAAUAACCGCAGCAAGAGAAGAAUAUCGACCGAUUGCGACUAGAGGCUCGGUACUGUAUUUCUUGAUUGUGGAAAUGAGCCUGGUCAACUGUAUGUAUCAAACUUCGCUGAGGCAAUUCCUCAACCUGUUCGACAACUCACUUGCUAAGUAA